UUGACCACAGAAGAAGAAGACUGCGGCGUUUAGAAAGAUGGCGGCGCACACGCAGAAGAAUAACAAGACGGGAAUAUCUGGAGGAAAAGAGGCUCAGCCUCUGAUAAUCGCCAAAACUCCGGCGGAGGAACAGCGUCUAAAGUUGGAGAGGUUAAUGCGGAACCCGGAUAAGCCAGCUCCUAUCCCAGACCGGCCGAAAGAAUGGAACCCGCGGGCUCCGCCGGAGUUCGUCCGAGACGUGAUGGGCUCCAGCGCCGGUGCAGGCAGCGGGGAGUUCCAUGUUUACCGGCACCUCCGACGCAGAGAGUACCAGAGGCAGGACUUUCUGGACAAGAUUGCAGAUAAGCAGGACGAGGACCAGGACUAUCUGGACAAGGUGGAGCAGAACAAACUGGCAGCCGAUGACAGAACGGCAAAGCGCAAGAAGAAGCGGGAAAAGCUGAAGCAGAAAAAGGAGAUGGCAAAGAAAGCGAAGCUCGAGUCCAAAAACAAGAAAGAAGACGACGCCGACAACAGCUCGGACAGCAGUGACGAAGACAAGGAGGAAGAUGGGGACAGAGAGGCUGACGAUGAUGCCGAGGCUCCUAGCUUCAUCAUGGGGAGGAAAUGAUUCUGACUGCUCCGACCGGGUAACGUGACCGGCGUUAAUGCUCCUCGGAAGUGACAUUGUGAUGAUCGAUCAUGAAGCCAGGGGGCUCUGAAAGACUCGAGGCACACGUGGAUGUGCUCCCCAUUUUACUCUCUCACAAACCUGAAUGGACUGCUCGGCUUAAGUGUAUGAUUUCAAUCACACAAUGUUAGAAAAGAGACACGUUGACACACUUCCGACUUUUCAUUAUGCUUUCCAUCAUCUCAAGUGUUUUUUUUUUCUUUUUUUUUUUAGUUCUCAUGUUUCAGCUCGCAGGUCAGGUGGGCUGUCGUCUUCUGGAGCCCAAAAGUAUGAUCGUGUUUUCAGAAAUUGGACAUGAUUGCAUUGUUGAGUUGUAGGGAAUCCUAAGCAUUUGAAUGGGAUGUUUUAAUAAAAAUACGAGUAUACAUGGACAUGUUAUCUGGUUUAUUCUCAUUUAGAUUGCUGAAUUCUCUUUUUGGUGUAGUCACUGUUGGACAGUGAUGCAACGCAUGAGUAACCAGUAAGGUAAUAUUCGAUAUGCCGGUGAGUGCAUGUGUGCACCAUCACCUAUGUUUUUGUGGUAUCAGUCUUUGCAGCCUUGUGAAGCUGCUCCUUGCAUGGACCAUUGCUUGUGGGCACAACAAGGUGGCAGAAAGUAACUCAAAGAAUGAAAAGGCGUGACUUCUGGAGGCUCAGGAGAUUCACGUGCGAUGUUCCUUGGACAGACUCCUGCUUUCCACGGCGGUGGUGGUCUCGCUCUGUGGCCGUCACCUUUCUUAAGGCAGGUAGAGUAAAGCCUGACGGCCCGAUGUUGUUUGGAACAGGGGGAGCUCUUCCUGUCGAGCACUGUCAACUGUCACAAUAACCGCGUUUAACGAGCAAUCAAGGAGCAGGCUGCUUCAAUAACUUUGAUCAAAAUGAAUGAAUUCAUAAAUCGCACAAACUUGCAUUCAUGUAAAAUAUUCUGGUAUAUUAAACCCCUUUUAUUGAAAUUGAACGGGACGAUUUACAGAACAAAUGUUAGUCUUAGUUCAUGUGCUGUUAUUCCAUGUUGAUUUGACUUGACUCUCUUCAAUGUGCAUUUUCACAUUUUGUCUCUUUUGAAAUGAAUUCAGCUCGUGCUGAUAUGAUUUAUACAUGAGAAGUUUCUCAUAAGGGAUUCUGCUCUCUGGAAGAUUUCACUCAUUAAACAUGCAUUGAAGUUCCCUGCGGAGUUCGAGUGAGAAAUAUACUGCAGAGCGUAAUAAAAUGUAGGUCGCUGCAGAAAGCAUGGGCUGCAAUUCACAGCUUGUUCUACACAUUUCAUUGCAACACAUUAAGAUCCAACAUGAGGGUUUAGGUUCACACAGAUAUUCUUAAGUGAUGGAAAACUUUCCUCUGUGUGUUCUUUCAUCAAUGUUUUAUAAUUCUACAAAGUGAGCCAAUUACAUGUCAUACAUUUUUCAAAAUGGAAUGUCACUUUGAGAUGUGCCUCUCCAGCAGCCAUUGGAGGUUGGUAUGAACAGGAGACUCACUUUUCUCAGGCUCCAAGUGACCAAACUGGACAGAGUAGAAGCCCUACUUUCUAAAUAUGUUAGGAUGCUGUUGGUGAACGUCAGCCCACAUUCACACCGACUCCAGCCCUGCUUGAAAAAAUGUUGCCUUAAUUCAUUUAAAUCAAGCUGGCUAGUUGAACAUAAAGGACCCUGGGAAAAAAUAGUUUUAGUAAAAAAAAAAUUAAGAUCUUUUUUUGGCCAUUUUUUGCUUUUAUUUGAUACAGGGGCGAGAGACAGGACGACCUGGAGCAGAGGGCCACAGACCACUGUGGCAAGGACUCAACCGUAGUACACGGGGCACCAGUUCUACCAAAUGAGCUAUCGGGGCAUCCCAACUUUUCAGGUUUAUUUAUGUAUCUGCAACUCCAACUGGACCUGUGUCUGAAUGCCUGCUUCAGGUGUCUGACCUUUGUUUCAUGGUACAACCCAUGAUUCUCUCUCUUCAUUUCCUGCCAUGUGUCUACUGUCACUGUCUAAUAAAGACAUACCAUGUUUGAAAA